AUGGCAAAGUAUUGCGCAUUGCUGUUCCUGGCGACCGUGUUGUGUGUGGCGUCCGGCGAGAUCCGAUCAGCGCAGGAUGUUGACUGGAGCCAGGUGCGUCGAUUCUACGAUCCAAAGGCGAACGCACCGGAACGUCGCAUCAACAAUGGUCAGAUCGCAACUCCAACCGAUGUACCGUGGGCGGUCGGAUUGCUUGUGUCUCUUACGUCCGGCACGAGUUUCUGUGGCGGUGCGCUGAUUUCUCCGACCCACGUCUUGACGGCGGCAUCCUGUGUGAAUGGCCAAUCGUCCAUUACGGCGAUGUUGGGUGCGAGCACAAUUGCAACUACAUCGGACUUUGUGCCAGUGUCUCAUAUACGGGUGCAUCCCGACUACAGUUCCUUCCUCGAUCGGGACGACAUCGCUAUCCUUACGCUGGCCCGUGAGCCACGCUGGAAUGACCAAAUCCAAAUCAUUCACCUGCCACGCCGCAUGUACAUUGGCCACUCGUUCAACAACUACAUCACGACGAUCUCGGGCUGGGGUGAAACUGGUACCAACACGGGCGAACCUCUGCCGAUGCCGAAUCUUCGCUUCAUCCGCAGCCCUGUCAUCACGAACCUGAGCUGCGAGUUGUCCUUCCUGCUGAACAAUAUCCGCAGUACGCACAUUUGUUCCUCGACCGAUGCUGGCGCACCGUGCGUUGGAGAUCAGGGCGCACCGGUGACGGUCACCGAGAACGGCGAAACGUUCCUGAUCGGAAUCCACGUGUUCACUGCGUCGCGCUGUGAGCGUGGCCGUCCGGCCGUGCAUGUGCGUCUCACGGAGUACAUGAACUGGCUCGAGCUGAAUACUGACGCCCUGAUUCGGCAAACGCUCCCUGUCGCUAGUGUCCGCUGUAGUCCGGCAAGCUUAGACGGGGAGCAUCGUUCAACCAUGGCAGGGUCAUCGUGGAAUCGUUGGGCUGUAUUCCUUCUAGCUGGUGUCGUGUGUUGCUGUUUGAUCGCUCCAAUCUGUGGCAAUCCGCUGCUGGACGUACCAGAGAGACGAAUCAACAAUGGGAUAGAAGCAGGUCCCACUGAUGUACCGUUCGCGGUGGGUAUUCUGGUGACGUUUCCUUCCCAAACCUACUUCUGCGGUGGUACACUAAUCUCGCUGCGCCACAUCCUCACCUCUGCCUACUGUGUCGAUGGCUAUCGUACUAUAACAGCCAUGCUCGGUGCCUACGACAUGACCUCGGUGCAGGAUUUCAUUACCGUCUCGUCCGCAUUGGUACACCCGAACUAUAGCUCUUUCUUCACCUCGAACGAUAUAGCCAUCCUGACGCUCUCCCGUCCAGCGCAGCUCAGUGAACGUUUGCAAAUCGCGCAACUUCCUAGCCGUCUGUACAUUGGACAUUCGUUUAACAAUUACGAAGCCACGAUAGCCGGCUGGGGACGGACGGGAUCCAACACGGGUGAAGUCGUUCCGGUCCGUCGUCUACUGUACUUCCGGGCCCGUGUCAUCACCAACACGAGCUGUCUGAUUAGCUUCCCACUAUAUCUUAGCUCGACCAACAUCUGUACUUCGACCGGGACCGGUGCUGCUUGUAUCGGAGACGAAGGUGGUCCAGUUACGGUUACCGAGAAUGGGCAGACCAUUUUGAUCGGUGUACAUUCGUAUGGAUUUUCGAUGGGUUGCGAACGUAGCUGGCCAUCGGUACAUACGCGUAUCACAGAGUAUCUCACGUGGAUAGAAGACAAUUCCGACGCAGUAGUUGUAUGA